CUAGUUUGCAUCUCAACCUUUACAUCUCUCGUCGCCUAGCAACAGUUUCUAUGGCGACAGCGCCGCCAACAACGCUAAGCAACCCUUGGACCUAGAGGAAUAGAAGGGGUAUUUUCUUUUCCUCCCAAUGGGGGACUGUUGAGAAGUGGUCAAAGGGGAAUUAUUUGAAAGAGAGAAAUUUUAGUUUCUUGGGAAGGCGAGAGAGUAGAAGAGGAAAGGGAGGAAGCGGUUAAGAAAGAGAGGGAAAUACUGGUAGAGUAAGAAAAAAAUUGUACACUUCUUAAGAAGUUCCUUGGUGGUCAUGGAUCCAACGUGCCCUUCUGAGAGCAUUUAUAACCUCAUACCCUGUGACUGGAAGGAGCCUCGUCAGCCUCCUAGGUAUGCAUCGGUUUUUAAGGAAGCUAUAAAGAAUGACUUGAAAAAAUCUAAAAGUGCAAUGAAAACAAUGGGACCAGCAAAAGUUGAACUACCUUCUCCAAAGGAUUUCCUGAAGAAACAUUCAAAGGACAAAGCAUUACCACCAAAAAAAUCAUUUGAGAGAACGUCAUUGCAUGUGGGCAAAAAGCCUCCUGUGCCACGGAGGGAUGAACAUCCAGUCAUGGGAAUACAGAGUGAAAAAAAUUUUAUAAGCACAAAUGUAGCUGAUAUUAUUAUGGGAGUCGCUAAGAAACCAAAACCGAUUUAUGUUGACAACAGAACCGGAGACAGGCAUAAUCUUGAAACCUCAGGACUAAUUCCAAAGUAUAUCAAUAAAAAGGAUUAUGGUGUUACACCUGAGUAUAUUUUUAAGCGCAACCAGGAAGUAAAGAAGGCCCAAGAGGAGUAUGAUGACUACAUCCAGGAAUGCCUUAAAAAAGCAGCAAUGAAAAAGGUUUCUGAUGAAGAAAGAGAGGCAGUGCUGCAGGGGCUGAAGAAAAACUGGGAAGAGGUGCAUAAAGAGUUCCAGUCCCUCUCAGUCUUCAUCGACUCAAUCCCCAAGAAGAUGCACAAGCAAAGACUGGAAGAAGAAAUGAAGCAACUGGAACAUGAUAUCGCUGCCAUUGAAAAGCACAAAAUUAUUUAUAUUGCCAAUAAGAAGUAACGUAUCUUUAAAGGUGCAGUCACUUUCAUGUAAGGUGGGGGAGUAUACCAAUGAAGCUUAGUUUCUUCAAGA